AGUUGGAACAGGGCAUCAACAUUGUCAAUUGGAGGGGCUUGGAGCUGCUUCGGCAUCCACAGUAGAGCAAACAAGAAGGAGCCAGGUGUUGAUUGGAGAUGAAUGCCCCUGACCGCUAUGAGCGCUUCGUCGUGCCUGAGGGCACAAAGAAGGUGUCCUUCGAGAAGGAUACAAAGAUCAUGAAUGCUGCAUCUUUCACAAUUGAACGUGAGGACCAUACCAUCGGCAACAUCCUCCGCAUGCAGCUGCACAGGGACCCAAAUGUUCACUUUGCUGGCUAUAAGCUCCCUCACCCCCUUCAGUACAAGAUCAUUGUUAGGAUCCAUACUGCAAGCCAAUCCUCCCCAACGCAGGCGUAUACCCAAGCAAUCAAUGAUCUAGACAAGGAGCUCGAGAACCUGAAGCAAGCUUUUGAGGACGAGAAGACGCGAUUCGAAAGGAUGAAGCAGGGCUACUAGGCCGCUGGUGUUGGAUGCUAAUUAACGUGAAAUCCUUGCUAGUUUAUAUCUGAUGUCUGAACUGCGGUAG